GCAAUUGUCCCGCCCCUUCCGAGUGGAGGAGCCUGGCGCGCGGGAAAAGAAAGCGCGCGGAAAGAAGGGCGAGAGGGAGGAAGCCGGAAAGCAAGGGCCGGCGAGGAAGCCACUCUGCGGAGAAGGCCGCCCCCCCCCCCCGCCACCCACCCUGGGAUCCUCCCCGAGCGCCGCCCAUGGAGAACUUCCAGAAAGUGGAGAAGAUCGGCGAGGGCACCUACGGGGUGGUCUACAAGGCGAAGAACAAAAUCACGGGCGAAGUGGUGGCCCUGAAGAAGAUCCGCCUGGACACGGAAACGGAGGGAGUCCCAAGCACAGCCAUCCGGGAAAUCUCACUACUAAAGGAACUGAACCAUCCCAACAUUGUCAAGCUUCUGGAUGUGAUCCAUACAGAAAACAAACUGUACUUGGUCUUUGAGUUUCUGCAUCAGGACCUAAAGAAGUUUAUGGAUUCUUCAUCUUCAAUUAGUGGUGUAGAGCUACCCCUUAUUAAGAGCUAUCUGUUCCAGCUGCUGCAGGGCCUUGCCUUCUGCCACUCGCAUCGCGUGCUCCACCGUGACCUGAAGCCACAGAACCUCCUGAUCAAUGCCGAGGGAGCAAUAAAACUGGCCGACUUUGGGCUUGCCCGUGCUUUUGGGGUGCCAGUAAGGACUUACACACAUGAAGUGGUCACCCUCUGGUAUCGUGCUCCAGAAAUCCUCCUUGGCUGCAAAUAUUACUCAACUGCUGUAGAUAUAUGGAGUCUGGGCUGCAUAUUUGCUGAGAUGCUAACGCGUAGAGCCCUUUUUCCUGGGGAUUCGGAGAUUGACCAGCUGUUCCGCAUAUUUCGCACGUUGGGCACACCUGAUGAAACUGUAUGGCCAGGUGUCACUUCCAUGCCUGACUACAAGUCCAGCUUCCCCAAAUGGGCCCGGCAAGAUUUCAGCAAGGUGGUGCCGCCUUUGGAUGAAGAAGGCAGGAAGCUUCUGGCGCAAAUGCUGCAUUAUGAUCCUAACAAGAGAAUCUCAGCCAAGACAGCUCUCAGCCACCCCUUCUUCCGGGAUGUCACAAAAGCUGUGCCGCACCUCCGCCUGUAAGAAUCAGGAGCAAUGCUGCUUCUUUGGACUGCACUGGUUGCUUGCACUUAACUUUUCAACUUAAUCUUGAAUGGCAUGCUAUGGUUCCUCUUGGCACAGAGUCUACACUUUAAUAGUUUAUACUCUGAGGUAUAUUUGAAAGCACUAGCUGAAGACUGGGUGCUUCCAGGGAGCCUUGUGACACGAGGGAAGAGCCUCCAGAGCCACCUGCUUCAAGGACUCAUUUUGUGGAAGAAACCCUCACCUCUUGCUCUUCUCGCAGAGCAUCUUCUGUCUUGGCCGACCCUCUGGUUUCAUCUUCAAUAUAGAACUCAGCUGUGCUUUUCUUUGAGAAAAUGUUGCUGCCAGCAAGAAACCAUUUUUCUUAUUCAUAUCAGGAUAUUGACUUCAACUAUGGUGCCUGCCUGGCAUUCUGUCAAGUGCAUUCCGGUGCUAGCAGAACCUUGCCCUCUUUUUCCUUCCAGACCUUCAGAAGAAAAUUGUGCACUUAACUCUCCACUUAUUGUGAACAGGAAAAUAUUUUACUCUGGCCAAUGAUUCUACAAAAUCAAAAUUAACGUGCCUUGGGGCUCAUGAAGCUCACACUCUGGGAACUCAGAAUGUCUUGCUAACCAUCUAAAGGACUGCUUGCCAUGUCACUAGACAUUCUUGACUUUUCUGAUGUACUAGUGUUUAUUGGGCAAAUGGGUACAUACUAUCACUGUUCCACUCAUCCUUCCACAUCCUACUCCUGUACAUGUAUUAUUUGUCUCUGUCUAUAUGCUUAUAGCCCAUUAAACAUUAAUGCAAUAGAUAUGGUUACAAACUUCAUCAGGCCAUGCUCUCUGCAAAGGUGCCUUUCUCCAAUGGUGUCUUGUGCUCAACUGUCGUUGGUCUCAAAGAUCUCUUCCAAAUACCUACAACUGGAGCAAAUCUGCCUUGGCUUGCAGGAGUAGAGAGUUCUGUCUCUCUACUACUGAUGUGUAUCUUACUGAAAAUGUCAUCACAUUUGUAACCUGUGCUGCCCUGCACAAAGAUGGAUGUCUGGAAACAGUUUCUAUCACUAUGCCAAUUUUGGUUUGAAGGAAGUAAAGCAUUUGGGGUUCUUUCAGUGAAACACACUGCAUGGUUUCAAAGGACUUGAGAUAUAAUAAAAACAAUGAUGUUUAUGUCUAAGGGGAAAAUUAGCUAAACCCAUGGAUUUGUCAGGCAAAUUCCAUAAAAUGGUUUAUAUACUGUCAAAAGAAGUAAUUAUUAUAUUUUCAUUGGUGAAGAGCUAUAGGUACCCUUUUUGUUAGUUUUGAAGACAUGCCUACAACAUUAAGGUUUUGUCUCAAUGCAAUAUUAAGCAUUGAAACCUUAGUCAAUCCAAUAACAUGAACAAACCCAAUGUUUUUGCCUUAUCUAUGAUAGAUUUUGAAAUGUUACCCUCUAGAUAUUUGGAUCAAUCUAUCACCAGCAGCAUUAUGAGAGCUGGGGGGAGGGGGUGGGCUCUUUAUUUUGUAAAAUUCUAUUUUGGGUGACAUAUAUUCUAUCAAAAAAAAGAAGUGUCCUAAGGAAAGUAAGGUUCAAUUGUCCUCAACUCAAACUCAGCAACAGAAUUACUGAAACAGAUUAUUAUAUAAUCUAUAACUGUAUAUCUUGAAAAAUACAGGUGACAUGCAGUGGUCUUCACUUGAGAGAGUUGGCAUUUCACAUCAGUUGGGCUAACAUGGGAAUGCUUGUUAUAGAAGUGUAAAUUCCAAAAUGAAUCAGCAAAAUGCUCAUCAUAAACGCUGACUCCACUGCUAUAUACAAUAUUUGGAUACAUUUCUUUUUUUCUUCUCUUGAUCUUUUGGUUGGAAGUAAUAGAUAUAUUUAUAAGGCCGAUGAAUUUCUGAUUUGUAAAAAGCUUGUAAGUCUAAGCACCUUGGCAUUUUUUUCAAUGUGGACUUUUUAAAGAAAAAAUAUUUUUGUCUGUAGAUCUUUGUAAGACUUUAUUUUUAACUAACACCUGUUUAUGCAUAAUUAAAAGUAUUUUGUAGUUUUAAA